AUGCCUUUCGUUGCUGUCUCCGUAUCAUUAUCCACUAUCGUUUGUUCGAUUUACACUGUAAUAAUAAAUGUAUCUGUUCUUUAUUGCACAUUCAUAUCUAAAUCAUUGAUAGAGUCUUCUAAUUUGGUGUUGUUCUAUGUCAGGUUUGCUGUGGAUGGCUUGGUCGCUGCAAUGAGUUUCGUUCUUUCGAUGUUCACCUUCAAUAAGCUUUUCGAUCUUGACAGUUAUCUGGUUCACUAUCAAUUUAUAAUACUCUGUACUGGCUGGAUAAAUAACAAUAUUAUGAGUAUUCGUGCAGUUUUAGUCAUUGUCAUCACUUUCGACCGAACAUUUGCAGUAUUUCUUCCGAUUACUUACCACAAAUCUCGACAAAACUUGUCAAAUUCAGUAAUUGUGGUUCUAGUUUCAUGCUAUCCAAUUGUGUGUAAUAUUGUUCUGUGGAUUAUUUGUGAUUACAUUUAUGAGUUUAUACCCGGAUGUGUCACUUUUGGAUGUCUGAUGAACCAGUGUUAUGUCAGAUAUGCACUGAGCUUUGAACUAGUGACUCAUUCGAUUAUUGCUUCGAUAUCUCUUAUUCUUGCUAUUAAACUUUUCGUCUGGAAUCACUGUACGACAAACUCCAAAAGUAAAGAUAUUGAAAGAGCUAAUUAUAUUGCAUUGAUAGACACUUUCAUCAUCAUUGUAUUUGACAUUAUUCCAUCUACAUUCAUUGCAAUGAUUCCCCCAGAGACAUUGAAAGAGUAUGGAUUACUGUACACUUGUUGCAGAAUGUGUGGUUACGCAAUCGAGGGAUUUCUAGUCCAGAGAGCCUUGAAACGAAGAAAACGAGUGGUUUCAAAUUUAAAUAACUCAACGAGUCAGCAAGUCGCCAAAUAG